AUGUCUUCCAUCCCCAACCUCAACACCCUCCGCUCGCGAGGCCCGCGACUUCGAGGCCGCAGAGGAGGUCCGAGAGGCAAUGGCGACCUCGACGAUGCACCGGGAGCGGCAGAAGUUGAGAAGACACGAGAUCAAAUCAUCCAGCAAACUGAUCAUGAUGCGAGUAGCAGUCGGAUGAGUGCCGUGUCACUGGGCUACCUUGAUGAUGAGUUUGCAAAGGACUUCUUCCCGGCUGGUCAGGAGGUGCCGAAGCGGUAUCCUAUCAUCAAUAGAGGGACGUAUGUUCGCACGAAAGCUAUUGAUAGGCUUGUCGUGCAGUUUCUAGAGACGGAUGCCUCGCAGCGGAAACAGAUUAUAUCCCUCGGUGCCGGCUCAGAUACACGAUUCUUCCGCCUCUGCGCUGGGAAACAUAAUGUCAUCUACCACGAGCUCGACGUCGAAUCCAACGUGACUCCCAAACGCGCAACUAUAAGAAACUCCCAACACCUCUCUCGCAUGAUCCUGCCGCAGGAAGGUGGCUCAUCAUACCAUCUCCACGCCCUCGAUCUUCGAGAUCUCACCAACAAGUCACCACCCAUCAUCCCAGAGCUCGACGAAACUCUCCCAACCCUCCUCAUCAGCGAGUGCUGCCUCUGCUACCUCCCCCCAGACGCCGCCAGCAGCGUGGCGCAAUACUUCACCAUGAACCUGAAAGGACCCCUCGCCAUGGUCCUCUACGAGCCAAUCCGCCCUUUCGACGCAUUCGGCAAGACGAUGGUGUCGAAUCUUGGAUCCAGAGGAAUUGAGCUGAGGACUUUGAAGCGGUAUUUCUCGCUGGACGCGCAGAGGCAGAGGGUGAAGGUGGCGGGGCUUAGGGAUGGGCAGGGAGCGAGGGAUGUUCAUGAGAUUUGGCGGAGUGAGGAGUGGAUUGGUAGUGGUGAGAGGGAGAGGAUUGAGAAGGUGGAGUGGUUGGAUGAGGUGGAGGAGUGGCAGCUGUUGGCUAGUCAUUAUUGUGUGGCUUGGGGAUGGAGGGGUGAGGUGUUUGGGGCGGCGUGGGGAGGUGUGGAGGGUGGGAGGACUGCUGGGGAGGAGAGGGAUGACGAGUAA